AAAUAGCCUUUUUCACUCUUGGAAAGGAGAUAGUUUGUGAUGAGGAGAGAAAACCGGUAUGACUCAUAUGAUGAAACGAUGCUGGAUGGACGGGAAUGAGUAUCUUAGCAUCUGUGUUUGUCUGUAACAAGAAAGAAUAUGAGAAUCCAAGAAUAUGUUCCUGGGAAGAAGUAUUGGGAGAGCCAAGAAAUGAAGGUACAAUCUGAAAGCAGUAAUUUUACUAGAAGAAACAAAGAGAGGGAAUGGCCAAAUGGCCGUGCCUGCCUUUACAGAAAAUGAUGACAAUUCCAUUCUUUUGUUCUGCUCAAAUCAAAUCUUGCUAUUGUAUUUGUACAACUGCAAUGUGCAAGGGCUAUCUCGGUUGAGUCUGUUCUGAAAUCUUGUCUGUCUAUAAAAACAGCCCAAAAUCUGCAACAGCUCAGUUCAGACUCAGAGUGGAUUAGUCUUCUGUCUUUCUAUGUCUGAUCUCAAAUUUCAGUAUUAGCAGCACGAAUUUUUUUUCUAAGGACUAUCAAGGGAGAAGAGAUUGUUAGUUUGGCCAUUCUCCACCGCGUCCUCGGCUAUAUUACAAAAGCAGACGCACAUGGCAUGCUCAAGGUUUCGUUGAUGCAACAUAGAAAAUUGCCAGUUCAUCGCAGGGAAAGCCAAGCACGAGGUCAUAAAAUUGAAUAAAAAUGCCGCUCAUUUCGGAUUCCUGAACAAAAAAAAUAAGGUACAUUUAAGCAGGCUCAGAUGGGGGGAAACAAUAAUUAAAAGCAGGGAAGCAGCUUCCGGCAUCUUGCUUAUUGGGAGACACAGCUUACCUUCUCUUGUCAACGUUUUGACUGUCAAAACUCGUGCAGAGCUAUAUCACCUUCGGCUGAUGCAGCGAAGAGAUCGAAAGACCGAAUAGCAGAAAAUUAAGGAACAGGGGAAGACAGAGAGAGAAAGAGAGACAAGAUGGAAGGAGAGAUGUGCAACUUCUCCAAGGUAUGCAUCACAGCUUUGAUGUCUCUGUGCUAUUGCUACAUAGUGGGCAGGAUCAUCCCAAAAGGGGCCACAAGAUUCUUGGCGAUACUACCUGUUGUGGCUCUCUUCCUGUAUCUUCCUCUCAAUCUCUCUGCUGUGAAUCUUAUAGGCCAAACUAGCUUCAUCCUUUCAUGGCUUGGCAACUCCAAGCUCCUCCUCUUCGCCUUCGGCAAAGGGCCUUUAUCUUCAGAUCCUCCCAUCUCUCUUCCACGCUUCUUGGCCAUCGCUUGCCUACCCAUCAAGAUCCAGAAGCACUCGCCCAAAGAAUCCCCAGAGAGGACACACAACACCAAAGAUCACACACACCCCCCUCAGAAUCCUGAAAACAUUAGACCUGAAAGUAUCUUGCUGCUCAACUAUCCCACAAAAGCUUUGCUUUUUGUGAUGCUAUUACGUUUAUAUGACUAUGGCGACCAUUUCCAUCCAAACCUGAUCUUGUUAGUCUAUUGCUGCCACCUAUACCUUGCCCUUGAUCUGAUCUUAUCCUCCAUACAAGCGGCAGCUCGAGCAGGCUUCGGAAUGGAGCUGGAGCCGCAGUUCCGUGAUCCGUACCUCUCGUCUUCACUUCAAGACUUCUGGGGGAAGCGGUGGAACCUCAUGGUCACCAACAUCCUGCGAUUGACUGUAUACGAACCGAUCCACAGAGCUGCGUUGGCGGCUGUCGGUCGUAAGUGGGCGGCGGCGCCGGCUGUGAUGGCUGCCUUCCUGGUGUCGGGGCUCAUGCAUGAGCUGAUGUUUUUCCACCUGGGGCGGGUGAAGCCCACUUGGGAGGUCAUGUCAUUUUUCAUGCUCCACGGGGCGUGUCUGGUGAUCGAGGUGGUGGUGAAAAGGAAGUGCGGCGCGAAGUGGCAGUUGCCGAGGGCUUUGACGGGUCUGGCGACAGUGACAUUCGUGAUGGUGACCGGAUCUUGGCUGUUUUUCCCGCAACUCCUGAGGGAUGGUGUUGUCAAGAAGGCAGUGGAAGAGUAUGAGGCUGUAGGCGCGCUCAUUAAGGACGUCUGUCGUGCUGUGGUGUCUCAGAUCCAGUGAACGUGUUAAUACAGAAUGUCAUGACUCUAACUAAUGAGAGAGUUGGGAUUGGGAAUAUUACCAAGGAGACAUUCAUUGCCUGUAUUUGAUGGGAGAAAAUGGGCGGUAAUUAUUCGGAAUAAGGUCUCCCUCAUUUCUUAAUGCGAGUUUCGGCAUCGGUUUUCCUCUUUGUUCUGUCAUUCACAUCUCUGUUUUGGGCAAUACAAGAUGAUCUUCAUCGUUCUCUUCUUCUUUUCUUCGUCCUCCAAAAGCGGUUGAGGACGUGAUCCGGUCGUAGAUCUUGAGGUGUACAAAAGUUUUCAUUUUUAAUGCAUUGUGCUACUGCCAGAAGCCCAGGAGUUGCUAAUUGAUUUGCAUCCAUGGGAACUAGGGAUUGUUUCU